AUAAUAUCUAUACUGAUUUAAAAUUCGAAAAUUAAAAAAAAAAUGAUUACAUCGUUUUUGAUUUCUUGCAGGUUUCUAUAAAGACAAAUUGUUUGCAUCACUGGAAGACAUGACCAGGAACUAAUUGCGGCCAUUAGCUAAAUACCAAAGACAUUUUUAAGUCCAAUAAAUCAAAGUAGUAGAAAACGAAGCCAACAGAUUAAAGACACACUCAUCGCCACAAUGAAUGCGAGCAGCAGUUUUUUCGAUGAACACUUUGGCAUGAUCUAUGCGAAUCUGGUGAAUCAAUAUAUGCCCGAAUACAUAAAGAGCAUGGAGUACACACCGUGGGUAUUCUCGCUGCUCGGUUCCGUUGUGAUCGGUCUCAGCGGCAUCUUUCCAUUGCUCAUCAUACCCACAAACGAGAAACUAGCCAAGGAGGGCUAUAAAGAUCCGUCUGAGUCAAAGUUUUUGCGUGUGCUGCUCAGUUUCGCGGUGGGCGGACUGUUGGGUGAUGUUUUCCUACAUUUACUGCCAGAAGCCUGGGAGGGCGAUAACCAGAGCUCCGACGGUCAUCCAUCGCUACGCUCCGGUUUGUGGGUGCUUUCCGGAAUACUCAUCUUUACAAUCGUCGAGAAAAUCUUCUCGGGCUACACGAGCGCCGACGAGGAGAAUCCCCAGCCCAAGUGCGUCGAGAUUGCCAAUUGUCUGUUGCGUCGUCAUGGCGGCAAAUUGCCCGAAGGCCAGACCGUAGAUAGCUGUGGCGCCUGUGACAUUGAGGAUGUGGAUAAGGUGUGCUUUUUGCGUGAACGCGAGGAGAAGGCCAAGGGGCCGAAGGAACAGCCCAAGAAGGUGGCUGGCUACUUGAAUCUGCUGGCCAAUUCCAUUGAUAACUUUACACACGGUCUCGCGGUUGCUGGUUCUUUCCUCGUCUCGUUUAGGCACGGAGUGCUGGCCACUUUCGCCAUACUGCUCCAUGAAAUUCCACACGAAGUGGGCGACUUCGCCAUACUGCUUAAGUCCGGCUUCAGUCGCUGGGAUGCGGCACGUGCCCAAUUGCUGACCGCCGGCGCCGGUUUAUUGGGCGCUCUCGUCGCCAUUGGCGGCUCCGGCGUAACUUCAGCAAUGGAGGCGCGCACAUCCUGGAUCAUGCCAUUCACCGCUGGCGGAUUUCUGCACAUUUCGUUGGUCACAGUAUUACCAGAUCUCUUGAAGGAGGAGGAACGCGUUGAGUCGGUCAAACAGCUGCUGGCUUUGAUCUUUGGCAUCGCUUUAAUGGCAGUCAUGACAAUGCUAUUCGAGCACUGAGCAGAGUAGCUCUUCCCAUCCCACGCACCAUCAUCAACGAUCGCCAGCAACAAACAACAAACAACAGCAACUAAGGAAUCGAUUUAGGAUAAAAGUUGCUCUAAAAUAAAUUUUCUGUUAUCUUCGCAGCCACUGCAAAAAUUCCAAAAAUUUUUCAUUUGGCAGUACAAAUUGCCAGUUAUUCGAUUAGAACAGAACUACAAAUGUUAAUUAACACUACGACUACGAAUAACUGGCACCGUUUGUGUUAUUGUAAUUAUAGCCAACUCUAAAAUACGAAUGAUAUUUGAACUAUUGUUAUUGAUUACGUAUAUUUUGUACCAUAACUGUAUGAAUUAAAAUUGCAUAGAAACAAGCGAAAAAUAUACACAUAAAUAUACUUCUCAUUUAAGCAAAA